CCAAGGCUGUAACUCUUCAGAGGCAUCACCGCCGUAGCGCCGCCGCCGCCGCCGCCGACGACGACGACCAGAGCAAACGAUGCUCCGCCGCCUAACGCCGUCCCUCCGGCGAUCUCUCCUCACCUCCUCAUCCCCCUCCGCCGCCGCCGUCCCUGGCCGCUGGGGUGUGCCACUCACGGAGCCUGGCGCCUCGCUUCCCCACACCCUGCUCCCGCAAUGGCGCCUCUGCUCCUCCGCGGCCUCCCACAGCUCUCCCCCGACCCCGCCGCGACCUCCUUCUCCGCCUCAGGGACCAAAGCGUCCCGCCGGUGGAUCCACGGUUUCGUCGCUGAACCCGGCCGAGGUCGCCAAGUUCGCCGCCAUCGCUGAGACCUGGUGGGAUUCUGAAGGUCCAUUCAAGCCGUUGCACCUGAUGAAUCCAACCCGGCUGUCUUUUAUCCGGUCCACUCUCUGUAGACAUUUCAGGCGAGAUCCAAAUUCAUCUAAACCACUUGAAGGUCUUAAAGUUAUUGAUGUCGGAUGCGGGGGUGGCAUUCUCUCAGAGCCUCUUGCUCGGAUGGGAGCUACAGUUACUGGAAUUGAUGCUGUUGACAAAAAUAUAAAGAUUGCACAUGUCCAUGCUGCAUCUGAUCCAUCAACUGCUUCCAUAGAGUAUAUCUGCACAACAGCUGAGGACCUGGUAAAAGAGCACAAACAAUUUGAUGCAGUUAUUUCUCUUGAGGUGAUCGAGCAUGUGGCUAAUCCCUUGGGGUUCUGUGAAUCUUUGUCAGCUUUGACAGUUCCUAACGGGGCCACUGUGAUUUCUACAAUCAACCGCUCAAUGAGGGCAUAUGCAACUGCCAUAGUUGCUGCCGAGUAUAUUCUCAAUUGGCUCCCUAAAGGCACACAUAACUGGUCCAAACUACUUACCCCUGAGGAGUUAGUCCUAAUACUCGAAAGAGCCUCAAUCUCUGUACAAGAAAUGGCAGGUUUUGUUUAUAAUCCGCUGCGUGGAGAGUGGUCUCUGUCAGAUGAUAUUAGUGUAAAUUAUAUUGCUUAUGGCAUCAAGAAAGUAGAAAAAGCCUCGGUUGAGUCAAAUUGACCAUUAUCACAACAUUUUUGUUGGAAGUAGAACGUGUGCCAAAUGAAUAUUUUUAUGUAGGGAUUACAAUGAGAUAGCCAACAGAAAAGUUAUUUUCCCAUCCUUUUUGUCAAAACUUCGGAAAACAGGGGGCAUGUAGUAAUCUCACCGGGAAGCUAUUCAAACCACGAAGUUGGCAGCGGCAAGAGCUAACAAGUAGGGCUAGCUUUGUCUCCUUGAUUGAAAUUACUACACUUUCAGACCUACUUUCAGAAAAUAAGUACACUCCAGAGUCCAGACAAUGAGAGAAGUAUUUCAGCAAAUUCUUUUCCUCUCUCCUGCGAUUGCUCUUGUUUUAAACUAUACAUAUACCGUUCCUAAUUUCCUAUUGUUACAUACAUAGUCCUGUAUCCAAUUUUAUUUACCAUCUUCUCUGGAGUGACCCAAUGGAACUGCAUGUUUCACGCUUCAUAAUUCUUCAUAAAUCACAGCUCUCAUUAUAUCCACAAGC